GCAGAAUCAUAGAUUUGAUUAGGUUAGUUGACAAAAUAUAUCAAAUUGUGGAGUUAAGUCGCAGAGAUUCAAAUUAUUUAACUUGUUACAAAUAUAAUUGUUAUAUUAUAUUAAAUUACAUAGAGUAAUAUUUUAAUAUUGACAUAUGUAACAAAAUUCGAAGAUUAAAUUAAUCUUCUUUGCGUUGUUGUUUUAAAUAAGGAAUUAUUAAAAAAUGACAACACGAGAGAUAUUAACGAUUCAAUUAGGUCAUUAUUCUAAUUUUAUUGGCACUCAUUGGUGGAAUCUUCAGGAAACUAAUUUUUCUUAUGAUCCUGAUAAUCCUUCAGAGAUAAAUCAUGAUGUUUUGUAUAGAGAAGGAGAAAAUUUCAAGAAACAAAUAACGUUUACUCCAAGACUUUUAUUAGUAGAUUUGAAAGGAACUUUAGGUUACUUAAAAGAAAGUGGAACUUUAUACAGUACUCCGCAACAAGAAGAAGCAUCUUCAUUAUUAUGGGAUAAAGAAAAUGUAGAAAUCACAGAGGAAAAUACAUUUCCUAAACCUGCCUUUAUAGAAAAUUUAGAUAAAUCUACAGAAGGAGCACAAUCGCAAGAUUUUAAUCUUGAAAAUUCAGUAAAUACAUGGGUCGACUACUUAGUGCCUAGAUUUCAUUCAAGAACAGUUAAUACUGUAAGAGAAUAUGAACAUAAUAGUAGCAAUCAUCCAUUUGAUAUUUACACCUAUGGAAGAAAUUUAUGGAACACAGAACAAUUUUCAGAUGAUUUUAUAGAUAGAAUACGAUCUUAUAUAGAAGAAUGUGAUUUAAUGCAAGGUUUUCAAGUAUUGGUUGACUCCAUAGAUGGAUUUGCUGGGCUUGGUAUAUCAUGUAUUCAACACUUAAGAGAUGAAUAUGGCAAAAGUAUUUUAGCAUUUCCUUGUAUCAAUGGUCAGAACACCGAACCAUCAGCAUCAGACUUAGUUAAAGCUAUUAACAUAGCAUUAUGUUGGCAGCAUAUAGGAGAAUACUCGUCACUCUUUAGUCCUCUUUGUUGCGGAGAAAGUGGUUGGCUACAAAUGGGCACUCCUCGAAAAUUUGACAAUCUUACUUACGAAUUAGAACUUAAAUAUCACACUAGCUCGAUAUUGGCAACUGCAUUGGAUACAUUGAGUUUAAGAUACAGACGGAAAGAUUAUCCUAAUGUAAUAUUACCUGAUUUAUGUGCCGAUCUUAAUAAACUUGGAUGGAAAGCAGUAGCAACCAGUCUAAGUUUACCCUUUCCAAUGACAGUAAAGCGAGAUUUGAUAGACAUAUUAGACGAUUACGAAGGUUCUUUAUGGACAAGUUUGACACCCAGUUGUGAUAUACCAAUGGAUAAAAAUAUGCAAAGUAUAGCAUUACGAGGAAUAUCGGAAGAUAGAUUGAAGAGACCGAUGCACGAGGCAAUCAAGCAAAUAUCGAAACCUGCCUAUAGAUGUUCUACCGUACACGAAAUGAUGACGCUUUAUUUAGCUUGUACAUGUCAUGCAUCAGCAACAUAUUUGUCUACCAUAAAAUCAAGUCUCAAAAUACAACAGCCAUAUCCAAAAAUAUUUAAUACUAACGUUACGGAAACCGGAGAUAUAGCAGGAUGGCCAGUAGGAGAAGAUGUACGAUCAGUUCCAGUAAUGGCUGGAUUACAUUCUGGAAGCAGUCUUGCAUCAAUGUAUGAGUCUUUACAUAAUCAACUACAGAGAAUACGGAGUAUUAAAAAGUUUCAUGCUUUUACCGAUUCUGGUCUCGAAGAGGAUGAAUUUUUAGACUGUUUGAAUCAUUUAUUGGAUUGUAAAGAAACGUACGAAGACCAUUAUAUUUGAAGAGUAAAAUAAAAAUGCUAAUUUUUUAUAUA